UUCCUCACCAUCUCACUCCUGCCUUAGCUCGCAGGACAGUGGCGCCGGUAAUAGUCCAAUUCCUGCGAUAACCGUUAUCACAAAAUAGAGGAGAUUGUUCUAGGAUAUUGUUCCGCUUUUGCUGGAGAAGUCACUGGGAAAUAUUUAUGUGAAAUUGAAUUCUCUCUGUGAAUAUAUAUUGGAUGGUUAUUGAAAUUAAAUACCAAAAGGAAUUUAUUUGGACACCCCUGUGAACAGGACACUUCCAGGGGCUAACCUGUGGGAUAGUUACUUUUUCAAAGUGGAUUCUACAAUAUUCUUUAAUACAAUCUAUGGAUACAGAUCAGUGAGCACUCUGUCAUAAGCCUUCUGUUGCAUUGGGCAAACUUGUUUCCUAUGAUUGUGAAUACUACAAUCUGUUUCGUUCCAGGAGUGUGAUUUCAUGGUGUGCCAAUCAAGACUGGACGCUAUGGUUUGAGAACUGCCACCAACUUACUCCAUGACAGCUAACAGGUGUUGCCUAGGGUCAUUUCUGUUCUGAUUUUAAAAGGAUCAUACUUUGAUAUUUUUCAGACUUAAGUCUGGUAGGACAACAACCCUGUGUUUGUCAGAUAGUGGGAUAUCUCGGAGUUGUGUUGGAUAUUGAAAUACUAUAAUUACCGUGUCCGAAUCGUGCUAUAUUUCCAAGGUUGUGAGAUUGACCGUCAUGAUGUACGAUACACCCAAAGAGGACGCUCCUGCUGAAGAACGUAUUGAGCUGUUGCCCACGACAGGCCAGGACUCCAUGGCUGCCAGCGUCAACGGGUCGCCCCAGUUCCCACCCCCCCAGAUGAAUGGCCAGGUCAACUACGUGACGGCCGAGGAAGGAGGGACGCAGGUGGCAUAUGCUGGACCCCCCCAGAAGUCGGGGAAGUGGAAGCCAACGUGGCUGGGAGGCUGGACGCGCAUGGAGGUGCUCUUCCUCAUCCUCAGUCUCUGCCUCGCCAUCAUCAUCGUUGUCCUCAUUGUUGUCAUCGUCGCCACAAAUGGAUAUGAUUCAACCAGCUCUGGCCGCUCUGGUAACUUGUCUCCACAGUCAGCGAAACACAAAAAAUGGCGGUAUACCCCGCAGACGAAAGGAGUGGGUCCCGAUGGUCGUCCGUCGGAUUCAGCCCAGAAAGGGGACCAAGUCCAAGAGCCAAUGAUACCACCUGACCUAACCAUGGAUGAUCUCUGCCUAACAACUGAUUGUGUAAAAGCAUCUUCGCGAUUGAUUAAUGCGAUGGAUGCUUCCGCUGACCCGUGUGAAGACUUUUUUCAAUAUGCUUGUGGCAACUGGAACAACAUUAACGUCAUACCAGAUGAUCGAGCAACUUUUAAUACCUUUUCAAAACUCAGAGACGAAAUCCAAGUGAUGCUGAAAGGUUUGCUGGAGGAACCAGUGACAGACAAGGACAGCGCUGCAACAAGGAAAGCCAAGUAUCUUUACGACUCCUGUGUCAAUGAAACUCAGAUAGAUAUUCAGGGUUUGGGCCCGGUGAAGCAGCUGCUGGAGGAACUAGGAGGGUGGCCCGUGGUGCUGGACUCGGAGUGGAAGGAGGAGGACCAUGACAUGCUGGACCUGAUCCUCAAACUCCGUCUCUACAACAACAAGGUCCUCAUAGACCAGUGGAUCAGUGCUGAUGACAAAAACUCUAAAGUCAAUAUCAUACAGCUGGACCAGCCGGACCUUGGCAUGCCGUCUCGGGACUACUACUUGAAAGGCCGGGACGACUCUUCCGUGUUGGCGUACGAGAAGUAUGCCCGAGAUGUGGCCAUCAUGUUUGGAGCUAACGAGACAAUCGCUGAGAGUGAUAUCUCCAAAAUCAUAGACUUUGAAACAGAACUAGCUAAUAUUACGAUACCCCAGGACCAGCGCCGUGACAACGAACAGCUGUACAACAGGAUGACAAUUGCUGAACUUCAACGGAGAGUCCCUGGGUUUGACUGGUUAAGGUACUUGUCAGUGAUAUUUGGUCACGUCAACAUCGCUAUCGACUCAGUAGAAGAGGUCGUAGUGUACGCCCCUGACUACCUCGAGAACAUGGUCAAAAUUCUGCACCGAUGGGACAAGAGAGUGAUCUUCAACUAUCUGGUGUGGCGUAUCAUGAUGAAUAGGGUCACCAACCUGCCGGACAAGUACAGGAACGUCCGUAAAGAUUACUACAAGAAAAUUCUUGGUUCAGAGACAGAGAGAGCCAGAUGGCGUGACUGUGCCACCUACGUUAACGACAACAUGGGCAACGCUGUUGGCAGACUCUUUGUAGAGAAACAUUUUGAUGAAGAUGCCAAAAGUAUAGCUCUGGAGAUGAUCCACAACAUCCGAUACUCCUUCUACCACGUGCUGGAGGAGGCUGAUUGGAUGGAUGAAACGACCCGCGUCGUCGCUCGCGAGAAGGCCGAUGCUAUUGCGGAGAAGAUUGGCUACCCAGAGUUCAUCCUGAACGACACAGCACUGGACCUGGAAUAUGUGGAUGUGGAGUUUUACAAAGAUCGUUACUUUGAGAAUGUGAUGGCCAACAUCAAGAGCAGAGCACUCACCAACAUAAAAAAACUCAGAGAACCAGUAGACAAGUCCCAAUGGUCAACAACUCCAGUUGUAGUGAACGCUUUCUACAGUUCAACGAAAAAUCAAAUCAUGAUUCCCGCUGGCAUACUCCAACCACCAUUCUACAGCAAAGGAUACCCGAAGUCUCUGAACUAUGGCGGCAUUGGCAUGGUCAUCGGACACGAGAUUACCCACGGCUUUGAUGACAGAGGUCGUCAGUUCGACAAGGAUGGCAACUUAAUCCAAUGGUGGGACGAUCAUGUGAUCGAGAAGUUCAAAGAGCGUGCUCAGUGUAUCAUCAAACAGUAUGGAAACUUCACUGUACCAGAAGUCAAUAUGAAGGUAAAUGGUGUGCAGACUCAGGGGGAGAACAUUGCAGACAACGGAGGACUGAAGGAAGCCUACACAGCUUACAGGAAGUGGGCAGUGGCCCAGCCGAAAGAGGAGAAGAGGCUGCCGGGGCUGGCCCACCUGGACCACUUCCAGCUCUUCUUCCUCAACUUUGCUCAGGUUUGGUGUGGCUCUAUGAGGCCUGAGGCCGCCAUCAACAGGAUACGUACUGGAGUGCACAGUCCAGGCAGGUUUAGGGUCAUAGGGACAUUACAGAAUUCAAACAGUUUCACAGAAGCCUUCGGCUGCCCUUUGAACUCUAAAAUGAAUCCGCCUCACAAGUGCACCGUUUGGUGAUUCAAGAUGGCCGACAUUGACAUCUGCCAGAGAAAGAUUUCCAGAGAUUAUUCAGUACCCAGACCUGUUGGACAGCUGAACAUGGAGGCGAGAAGUCUCAGCAAUGGUUAUGUGCACUUCAGCACCAAAAGAAGGAAGAAUUGGGAUCUGAAUUUCACAGACAGGGCAUGAUCGGAUGCUUGACGGGCAACUCCCGUUGGAAUCUCAGAGACUGUGAUAUGUACAGCGGUGGUAGACUAGCCUGGCAUGCCAGUUGUACAAGGUGACCAGUAGCGAUGGGUGGAUUCGGCUAAUGACUACAGCUCCAGUAUAAUAUCUGUAUCUUCAUUUUUGUUAUUCAUGUUUGGUUUACUUUCUUACAUGUUAUAUAAAAUAAACCUUAAUACACUUGGAGAGAACAUCACAAAUAAGGACAAAUAACAUCAUUAAUUGUGCACAGUGUCAAACUCAAUCUAAAUCAGUAACAGUGUAAUUUCCAUCUUGGCUGAAGUAAUAUUUCAGACAAUGCUGCCAUAUUUGUAUCAAAUCAGGAAAAUAUUUAUAUAUCCCUGUGUUAUGGGUUUUCGGAUGUUUUAGAAACGUUCGUAGUUUUCUCGCUAAUCGCAUGAACAACUGUAAAAUAUCUUACUCACUUAUAAAGGCGACAUUAUCAUAAAAACAGGCCAUCAUCUGAGUAUUUACAAUGUCUGUGUGACGACACACUCCUAGUUAAAGCACGAAUAAUCGCGAUAAUCACGGCCAUCCGAAAAUGUAUGAUGUCCGAAAACAAAUGAUCCGACAAUAUAUACAAGUGGCAAGAAAAUACUGCAUUUUUGGUAUAAAAAAUGCUUCCAGCUAUCAUGAACAGAGAUUCAGUGACUACACCUUUACAAAAAAAAAUGUUUUCAAAAUAACAUUUGUUCAAAAUGUCUGACGACCUGAAAUUUCGACACUCACUACAUGAGAAGAUGCUGUAUGUUUUCACAGCUAUUGACACUAAUAGUUUCAUAUCACAUAACGUUGUUGACUUUUUAGUAACCAUAGCUACCUCCAUUCUUGUUUAAUCACAUUAUCAUCGCUUACAUCAAGAAUCGGAGGUUUCUCAUAUCUGAUCUUACAAUAAUAAUUGUAACAUAUCUCUAUUUACAGUUAUAGUGUGGAACUUUAUCACUGCAAUAAAUGCUGACAUGGACAAAUAGUAUUUCUUCUCCAUUGAUAUAAUAUGUGGCAUUACAAAUAUAAAAACAGUUUCUCAACUCAAGACCAAGUUGCCUUUUAGUCCCACAGACAAGACAUACAUAAUUUGGACAAUGUCAGUGCAAGAAUAAUUAAAAUGCUAUCAAGGAUACUCUGAGGAAAAUAAUUCCCGUAUUCGACGUGAUACCCCACCCUAAUAAGCACCCACAGCGAUAUUUGCUAAUAUAUUGGCUAGUGAACCUUUCCAAUUGAUCAAUGUACACAAGACUUAUCUAUUAGUGUAUAAUACGCACUCGUGUGUUAUAUGCAGCCUUAAU